AUGGAGCUGAGAAAAGGUGCAUGGACCAAAGAGGAAGAUGAUCUUCUCAGGAACUGCAUUGAAAAGCAUGGAGAAGGAAGAUGGCACAAGAUUCCUCUUUUAGCAGGCUUAAAGAGAUGCAGAAAGAGUUGUAGAAUGAGGUGGUUAAAUUAUCUCAAGCCAGACAUCAAGAAAGGAAACUUUGAAGAUGAUGAAGUCGAUCUAAUGAUUAGGCUCCGGAAGCUUUUAGGAAACAGGUGGUCAUUAAUUGCUGGCCGGCUUCCGGGAAGAACCUCAAAUGAUGUGAAAAAUUAUUGGAGUGCUCGGAGAAGGAGAAAUAUGGAGUCGAACAUCGCAAAAGAUAGACCUCAGCAAAUAACAAAGACAACGAUAGUAAGGCCUCGACCACGCACCUUCACCAAAAGUUUGCAUAUUCCAAAUGACAACGCUGUUACCUCAAAGAAUAGUAAUUUAAAUACAUCUUCGCCUAUGGUACGUGUGAAUGGAAUUGAAUCUAUGGAGGACCUUGCAAAUUUCUGUGUUCAAGAUAUGGACUCAAUAUUUGCUACAUCACUCAAUGUUGCUGAAGAAAGUUUCGACUUUGAUCUUUGGCAAUUUUUGCAAGAAGAGAUGAUCUAA